AAUUCAUGCGCAAAACAGUAUAAAAAAACAUCCGCUUACGGUUUUGUGAAACCAUGCCUCAUAAUUUAUGUCCUUCCUUCUUCUUUAUUUAUCCACUCACAUUACAACACUGAAAAAACCCAACUAAAUUCACUUCGUAAUUUCUUCUGAAACUAUACAGUUUUAAUAGCAAUAUUCAUAUCAUACAAAUCAAAAGCCAUGGACCUGAUCCCAGGGCUACCUAAUGACAUAGCGAUUGAAUGUCUCAUACGACUUCCUAUUGACCAGUUUUCUAAAGCAGCUUCAAUAUGCAAGACCUGGAACGGCGAGAUUACGCUGCCGGAGUUUCGAAAACGGCGGAAAAUUUCCGGGUUCACCCGACCCGUUUUAGCCAUGGUCCAAGCUAUGGUUGCUACUGUAAAAAAGCCUCAGGGUGACACUACCCUCUCGUCUACCCAGAUUUACCGUCUCUCCAUCUGUGACCCGGAAAACGGCUGUUGGUACGACUUGCCGCCGAUACCGGAGUUGAUUGACGGGUUGCCGAAUUUUUGCCGGAUUGUUGGAGUUGGAUCCGAUUUAGUAGUGAUUGGCGGGUGUGACCCGGUUACUUGGCGGGUUAUGGACUGUGUUUUUAUCUACAACUUCAUAUCCGGAACGUGGCGACGUGGAGCGGAUAUGCCAGGUCAGCAGAGGUUGUUUUUCGGAUGCGGUUCGGAUUCCGAUCAGGUCAUCCUCGUCGCCGGCGGACAUGACGACGAGAAGAACGCGCUGAAGUCGGUUCUGUUAUACGACGUCGUGAAAGACGAGUGGGUUACAGUGCCUGACAUGGUGAUGCAGAGAGACGAAUGUAAGGUUGUGUUUCAUGAAGGUAAAUUCCACGUCAUUGGCGGUUAUCCUACGUGGGCACAAGGUCACUUUGAGAAAAAUGCUGAGGUGUUCGACUUUGCCACGUGGCAGUGGAGUUUUGUAGAUGACUCCUUGAGUGUUAAUAAUUCUCCUCAUACUUGCACUGAAGGUGAUGAUGGGAGAUUAUACAUGUGCCAAGACGGUGACGUGGUCGUGAAGGAACAUGCUACGUGGCAGAUGGUGGCAAGGUUGCCAGCUCAGAUUUCCAACGUGGCAUAUUUGACAGCGUGUCAAGGGAAGUUGAUAUUGGUGGGAAAUGAAGAAUAUGAUGAACUCCAUAGUGUUUAUGCUUUGGAUAUGAGUGAAAAAGUAAGAGCGUGGAUAAAAGUAGAGACUCCAGAUGAGUACAGUGGUCAUGUUCAAUUCGGUUGUUAUUUCGAGAUAUGAGAUUUUCAAAGGCAAUCAAUUAUUAACAAAUUUAGUACUCAUGUUAAAGAAUGAGAGUGGCGGGAGUAUUUGAUUAACGGUAACUAUAUAUAUAGGUCACGGGUUCGAGUCGUCGAAUCAGCCGUUAAUGCUUGCAUCAGGCUAAACUGUCUACUUCACACUCCUUGAAAUAUGGCUCUUUUCUGGACCCGGCGUGAAUGUGCAAUACCUUAUGCACUAUGAUGCUCAGUGAUUGGCCUAAAGAAAAAAGAAAAAAGAAUGAGAGUGAGUUUAAGCUAUAUUCUUAGUUGAUUAUUUUAUUUUCCUCUAUUACAGUGAUUGCUCUUAUUAAUUUGGCACAGUUGUGUUUCAGCUUUUAUUUGAAAAUUACUUGUAAAAAAAGCCUAGUUUUGGCCUCCAUAUUGUCAUUCCAUUGCAGUGAUCA